AUGACCAUCUACUGUUUGGAUAAGCUUUUAAUAAAAUUAGCAGAUAAACAAGACCGAAGUUUAAAGGAAAUUGCCAAGUUAAGAGCUAUCACAGCUUUACUUCAAUCAAGACAUGAUGAAUCAAUAAUUGGGUCUGACAACGAAACCAAUGACCUUAAAAACUCACAUCGGAUUCAUUUAGGGAAAUCGACACUAUCAAUCCUACCUGAAUUAGCCAAAACGUUGGAUUCAAUCGUUAAUGAAAUGAAUUAUAGCAUGAAACAAGUUUCUGUUAAUAUUAAUGAUCUGCCUAAAUCUAGUACUGCAGCUGCUGGUCUUCUUAUCACAAGUAUGACUGUUAAUCCAUCAUGUCCAUCUACAUUUGUUAUAUGUGGUCUAUGGGAAUGUAUUGUGAUGAGUCUGUCAUCUGUGGGUCAAGUAUGUGGACGUAUUUCAGUGACACCGGUGGUAGGAACAAGACGAGAGCAAAUUAUCAAAGCUUUUUGGUUGCCUAAUUCCAUCAAGCUAAUGGCUAUACUUACUGAUCAAUCUGUUCAAAUAUUCGAUAUAUUUGAUAAUCCAAAUAAACCGAAAUAUCAUUUUAAACCAGUUGAUGGAAGCUUUUGUGAUGCAACAUUUAUACACUUACCACAAUCUGCGCUAGAUCAUCAAAAUAUGAAAAAGCAACAACAUAUUAAUCAUGAUGAUGAUAAUAAUGAUAAUGACAAUGAUUAUAAUGUUGGUUUUGCAACUAUGGUGAACGAUAAUCCAGUUGAAUGGGAUAUUCACCUUUUAGUUAUGGCUAAUAUGGGAUCUAUUUUACAUCAGAAACUGGGUCCUGAUUGCUUAUCAUCGCUGGGUCCGUUCUUUUUAGCUGAAUCUUUGGAAUGGGAUGUUGCAAGUUUAAACAAAAGCAAUACAACAUCAGAUGAUGACUUUGGUCUAAUUCCAGAGUUAACACGGGAUCGAUUAACCGGUGUCCUAGGCGGUGGUGGAGUUAGCCUACAGUAUAUCAGUUCUUUAGGUCUUUUACUGCAUGCUUAUCAAUCUGGACAUUCUGUCGCGAGCGGUAUUGAUUUAUUCAAUACAAUGAAUGCAUCUUCUUCUUCUCAAUCUCAAGAUGAAAAUAAAUUAUGCAUAACACAUUCUUUUCUACUGGCAACUGGUCCAAGAGAGACGAAUGUAUCAAGCGGUACUGCUGGUUCUCUAGCCAAACUGUUGAGGGGUUCGUCUAUGAUAUCUCCCGAAAAUUCGCAUGUCGAUCCAGAAAAACUGGUAAUCCCAUUAAUUUUGGCAAGUCACCCUAUUACUGCCUCUGCUGUGACCACUUCUGAGACAUCUCCUCGAGCAACCGGUAAACAACUCUCGACUCAGUCCAGUCGAAAAACGGUUAUUCCCAGUAUUGGUCCACUAUUUCGUUGGACUGAAGUUAUGGGUAAUCAUCCAGGUCUAGUGAGUGCAGUCUCCAAAGCUAAUUUCAUGUAUCCACCUAAUUCUCAACAUCAAUCUUUCCUAAUGGCUUUUGAGCCUGAUCAAGUCUGGGUACAACACUUAUCUAUUCACCGGAAUUCACGUCUGUUUAAUGCGAAUAACUCACCUGUAACCAAGUUGAAAACACCUACGGCUAUUUCUAAUUUCACCAAGACCACCACCACUACCACUUCGAAUACAAAUACUUCUAAUUUAAGCGGGGCUGUUAAAGUUAGUACGUCAGAGAAACCUAGUACAGGACAAUCUGUUUCUACUUCAACGCAGUUGGUUGAUUCAUUCUCGUUCCACUGGUUUGGCUCUCCAGGAUAUUUGAGUCGUACUAUGACAUUUUUACUAACAUCAGAUGGAACCUUGUUCGCUAGUGCUUCUGUCCCUAGAUCUUCUAUAUAUACACUACAGACUAAGAAUUGUAAUGAAUUUGGUGAAGUGGGACCAAAUUAUGAGCUGUCUGUACUGCCUGGACAAUAUUGGCUUCAGAAAGAUUUUAGCAAGAAAGUUAUAGCCUCAUCUAGUCAUUUAAUGGGAUUUUGUUGUCCAGAAUUCCUUGGUUCUCUUUCAGUUAACUCUCUAGUGCACAAUUUACCAAAAGGCGCUUUAUGGGACUUGGCAACAAUUUCAACAGACCAUUUCACUGAAGAUACUAAGCAUUCUAGUAUAAACCAAAAGGAGGCACAUUAUACAGGAAAGCAAUCGUUAAGUAUAUCAACUGAAAAUACAAUUGAACUAUUACAAAAACGUUUGAUUCAAUCACCUGCAUACGGUACCUUACCUGUUGACUUCUUUGAGUAUGUUACUGAAACCGAUGAAGUUGAUUUUGGUGGUCCAGAUCUUCUACAGUUUUAUAAUUAUGAACAACUUAGACGUCGGUUAACAUUACCUGGCAAUCCUGUCACAGGUGCUGGCACUUGUAAUUAUAACACUUCUAGCGGUGUAAAACGUCGAGAGGAUAAACAUGUCGGAUCGAAAGUAACAUCUACAACAACAUCAAGUGGAUUAACAAGUGGUAAAUCGAAAGAUAUAACGGCAACUAUGGGACAACAGCAUAUUGCUUUUAUAAUUGAUAUUUGUAAUCGUCGAAAAGAUACUGUACUGGCUGGUUUACGUGUUACACUACCGGCACCAACAGAUGAGAAUGCAAGUAGAUGGCCGAGAUUUUUCAAGUUGUUCGACAGAACCAUACUUGUCCCUCCUCCCUAUCCAGGAGUGACUUCACCUCGUACUAUUGAUCUACCGUUAUAUCGUUGUGAAAUGCUUCAAUCUGACGGAUUGUUAAAGCUGUAUGUCGGCACAAGCGAUGAUCCUGAAGAUAUGACUAGCAUAGAUUGUAUCAUGGUUUACUGUAUUACGCGUGAGAUGCUUUCAUUGUUGCAACAAUAUGAUACUCAUGAUAUAUUCGAUCAACAAAGUGUAAUCAAAUCGAGUUCUUCCUCGGGUAAAAAUAAAUCACGAUUAUCAACCAGCAAUAAUCAGUAUAACAAUACAAUUAAAGGUCCAAUGGAUUUGUUCGUUUUAAGAGAUAAUCGUUCCACUAGUACUAAUGCUGAUAAUAUUCGCUUAAAUGAAAAUGGCAAUAAUAAUGACAAUGAAGAUGCGGAUCACUUUGAGAAUCCAGAAGAUUUCUCCAAAAUGUAUUUUAAUGCUUCUGAGCAAUCAUUGGCUUUCAGACUUGAUCGUUUGUUCAGUACAGGCUUUGUUACAGAAUUAAUUCCUAAUGACAAAAUAACCAGUAAGACUAACACCAAAAAGUCGACACGAUCCUGUCAACCACAAUUAUCGAUUGCCAAGCCAUUUCCAUCUCCCCCAGGUGGAAUGUUUACCUCCACAAAUUCUAUCGGUUGUGCAUACCUUACUGUAUUCAAUUCUUCAUUCACGGAAUCCUCGUCUUCUAUUCCAUUGUCAUUAUUUUCUGAUUAUUGUGGUUUAACAGCUGCAAUCACUAACUUGUUAUACACAGUAGUCAAUAUAGGCAUCACUUCAAAAUCGAAAAAGCAUAGCCUAAAUAUGACUGGUGUUCACCUGCUUAUAUGCAGUUUAAGACGUACGUUAAACAAAUUGUGCGCCAGUGAUGAAUUAAAUCAGUCUCCAGAGAAUGCAAAACAAUCUCCUCUAGGUUUGGAAAUGUUACGUGCAGAAAUUAUAAAAUAUUUGGAUUAUAUCUCACCUAUUGUAUUCAAGUGUAAAGGAAUACCAACGUAUAUUCAGUCGAAUACAUUAAGCUUAGGCGUAUAUCUCUAUCAGCUAGCCUUAAUGCUUACAUGCUAUGCCGAUAUUGAACAAGUCGACAAGUUACCUGCAAAAAUUAAUUCAAUUCUCAAUCAAAUACUAUACACACCAUUCAAUGAGUCACGAAAACAACUGAUUAGUUUUCUUAUGGAAUCUUCAGCUAACAGUCGACCUCAUCAUCACUAUGAUGAUAUAAUUACAAGUCAUAAUAAUGUCUACAAAGCUCUACGAUUAAUACGUCAAUUUUCUGCACAAAUGUAUCAUUUAUUACAUAUAAGUCCAUUAGAUCUGAUUGAAUGGUUGUCAAAGCAUGAACUUAACAACAAUAAUGUAUUUCACUCGAUCCUGAAUCAUUUGUUCAACUUAUUUACAUUCAGUUUACCGAUACCUUCAAAUCCAUUCCAUUCAAUUGAUCCUGUAUGGCCUAUAAAGCUUGACAUGCUAUCAAUUUCAGUUGAACAGUAUAAUCAUCAAAGCAACUUAUAUCAUCCUGCUAUUGUGUCAACUGAUCGUUGCUGGAGUCGUAGUUACUCUCAUCAUCACCCUUUAUCACAUCAUCAUCAUGAUCAUUCAUCUUCAUCUGUCUCGGAUUCACUGCCUAAAUCGUAUUUCAAUCAUUCUAUUCAAUAUUUUAUUGCACCACUAACACGUGCAGCAUACACUCUGUUAUUGAGUUCAACUCUAAUCAACAAACACUUAAUAAAUAGUGAUAUCAAUUUAGAUGAAUUAAUUAUGACAAGUUUGAUUCAACCAACCAAAGAUGCUGAUGAUGAUAACGAAAGUAAACAAGAUAAUGUAUUAAUGAACGUGUCAACAAAUUAUGCAAAGCUUUUAAUUAAAUUAUUAACACAUUCUAAUAUCAUAGUUUCUUGUGCUACUCGUGACGCUUUAUGUCGUCUUAUUCUUCAUGCAAGACCUAAACGUCGUGUCAUUUGGUACAAAGUACAUUCUUCUAUGGAUCGUCGACAUCCUUCCUCUCUUAGAAAGUCUAGCGUUUCACGUUCUAGUGAAAAUAAAUCCUCAAAACCGGUAUCAGACAAAAGUACAAUGCAAUCAGCUGAUACUGAAUCACUGUCUGUACAAGGUUCAGACUCCAUGCAUGGACCUCAUGGUUCUAACUCAGCAACUGCAACUACUGCUUCCAGUUCUGGGCGUAGUUGUCAACCAAGGACUACACCAUAUUCUGGUCGUCGACGUCCUACACGGGAUUUUCAUCCUCUUCAAAUGAUCGAUGUUGAUGAUCAACUAAAUACACGAGAACUUACUUCUUUCUUCCACUUGGAUGAAUUUGGAAGCAAUCAUGCUGCUGCUGCAACAGCGUCUGAUAAUCGUCAAGAUACCUGUGGUCAGAGGAAUGCAAGAACCGGUGCCACUAAUCGACUGCGUAGAUCAGGUCACUUCAUGAGAAUUUCGAAUCGACCUCCUUCAGUACCGGGUGAAGGUGAAACUAGAUCCUCAAACAGUACAACAGCUUUUACUAUCUAUGAACCUAUUCAGUAUAUGGAUAUGGAGAAUGAUAUUUUAGAUUAUUAUGGUCAGUUGGAUAUGAAUUUAGACAAUGCAGACAGUCAUUUACUGUCAGAAUUUUUUGAUGUAACCGGUAGUGAUGCACCUAUUUCAUCAUUACGUGAUGACACAGAUGACGAUAUGGCAUAUCGUAUCCUACGUGUAUGCAGACGUAUUUGGGGUUCACGAAGAGUUGGUUCGACGAGACAGAUUCUUGCAGAUUCUGAAUCUGGCGGUGAAAAUGACUUCGAUGGUAGAAUUAGUUUAGCAGCUAAUGAAACUGAUGAUAUUCCAGAGACUGAACCUGAAAAUAUCGAUGGUGAAGAUGACGACGAUGAGGAGGAGGAGGAGGAUGAACACGAUGGUGACAAUGAUGAUGAUGAGAAUGAGGAUGGCGAUGAACAUCAUGAUGCAGUUUUAGAUGUAGAUAAUGAGAAAGAUAUGGAAGACGAUGACGAGGAUGAAGAAGAAGACGAAGGAGAUGAUGAAGAUAGUGAUGAUCAAUUGCAAUUGGGCAUAAGUGAAACACUGACAAGUGAGAUGGCUGUAUUGUUAGCCCAGUUAAUUGCUGAAUCUGGUCAAUCCAUCGAAAACGGUCAAGAAUCCCUGAUUGAUCAGCUAGGCAUAAGCUUUUCUGGACUCAGUAGAAGUUUUCGAAAUAGAAUACAACAACCAACUCGGAGUACAACAACAACAACUACUACUACUUCUACCACAGGAACGAGUGUAUCAGUUCCUAACUCACUAAUUUCCUCAACUGUGACAACUACAUCUUCAGAAAUUCGUGAAGCUCCUAUUAAUACAUCAGUUAGAAGUUCUGCUAAUCUUCAUUCAAGCUCGACAGGUUCUAGACAUAGUCCUUCAACUGCUCGAACAGAACCCACGCCUGUGUCAAACAGUGAUCAUGCUAGAGAGUGGGAAGGACAUGAAGAGGUGGGCGAGGAACUAAGAGACAAUGCAAGAGAACAAGAAGUUGAUACAGUGACCGAAGGUGGGGAAGAAGAAGCAGUCGAUCUGAAUCCUGAUUUGUUGGAUGUGGACGACCCACAAGGAAGAAUGGAUAUGUGGGCAUUUUCUGAUAAUCUAGAAGAAGAUGUGCUGUUCACUCUAGCCCUGCAUUUGAGUCUUCGUGAUCAAGGUGGUCCAAGUGCUAGAGAUGAUAAUGCUGAAGAAGGUAAUCACCAGUUAACUGGCGGCAGUGCUGCACAACUUCAAUCUGCCUCACAAGAGGAAAAUAUCUCCAUGCCUGGAAAUGAGAAUACUGAACAAGAAGAAUUAAACAAUGAUGACUGUGACCAACAAAAUCAUCCAGCUAACUGGUCAGAUGAAGCAGAACAUCAUUCAGACAGAAACCGUACACCAACCAAUUCUGUUUUCAUAGAAUCAUCCAGUCAACCGAUUGUUGUUACAACUUCAUCAUCAAAUUUCGAUAGUGUAAAUCGUCAGAAUGAAAGUAAUCGUGUCCGUGAUAAAAAUGACAACAUUGAUGAUGAUGAUGAUGACGACGACGAUGGUGAUGGUAAUGAUAAUGAUGUAGAAGAGGAAUUCCCUGACUUGUAUGCUUUAUUCGAUGAGACAGUAGCAUCAUCAUCGAAACCAGUGAAUGAAACACUGUUACCUACAUCUUCUAACGCUGGUAAUGAAGAGGAUUUUAGUAAUGUGAAUAUUAAAUCAGAUGAAAUGAUGACUGUAGUCAAUUAUGAAGAUAUACAUUCUAUUGGCAGUGAUAAUGGUAGUUGUUGGAGUGAUGAUAGUUCACCAGAGUCGAAUAUUCUACCUGCUUCAUAUCGUUACAAUACUACUACUACUACUGCCAUGUUCAUGGGUACUGAUAAAUGGUAUUCCAAAGGUAAUGGAGUAGAAGAUUACAGUGAACUUGAUGACGAUGAUGCUGCUGCUUCUGCUACUGCUGAUGCUGAUGACGAUGAUAAUCAUGAUGGUGGCGAUGACAACGAUGAUAAUUGUGCUUCUAGUGAUAGUUCUUUCCUUAGAUACAAUCUAAAUAUUGAUGGUUGUAAAGAUUUUAAAGAAGAUGACCCUCUUGUCAAUCCUCAAUCUCGCGAUAAUAAUGAUGAUGAUAAUGAUGGUGAUGGUGAGAAAAAUCAACAAACUAUUUUAUCUUCUUCGAUCAAACGUCUAAAGAAACUUCGUCUGAAUGCAAAAUAUCGUAAACAGAAUCUAGCUUUAUUAUUCUGUAUAAAUCUAGCCAAACAUUUAUCCCAUGAAUGGCCUAAAAUUGUUGAUCAAUUUAAGCAAUCCAUAGGUUCACUAGCCACCAUUUCACCAGGUUCAAGUCAACACUUUGUACCUGUUCUACAGUUGAUUAUCAGUCUAAUACGUAUUCUGCAUUCAAAUGCAUGCCAAUUAAAUGCUGAAAUAAUAUCAUUACAACAACACAUACUGUUACAGUCGACAAUAUCUACUGAUCAUGCUGAGAUCAGUUAUCAAGAUAAAUUUUAUUUGGAAUAUAUUAAACAAUUACUUCAGACAAUUAAAAUCUCCGUGAAACAGUUAAUUCGAGCACUUAUUCAUGGUGUACUUCAAACUGCUUCAAUUGAAGGCUAUAGUGAAGACAACAAGCCCACUGAUGAAGAUUCUGUCACAAUAAAACCAUUGAACACUGUUCAUUUGCGUGAAAAUCUUGAAAUUAUCAUUAAUUUAGAUUGUUCUUUAUCAUUAGGAUUUAUUGUGCUACAAUUGAAUGCUCUAACUGAAAUAUUUGCAUCGAUUCCAUCCUCCUCAAUGUCUUCUUCUUCUUCUACUACCAGUAAUCUGAAUAGUCCUACUUCCUUAUCUUUAAUCAAUUUAUGGUUGUAUGAUGGUAAUUAUGAGAAUAAUAAUAAUGAUAAUGUUGGUGUAGAUAACUGCAAAACGCUGAACCAACACCAACCAUUAUCACCAUCAGUAGUACCAAUAGUACAACAAGAAACCAGUUCAAAACUUUUAACUACUGCAACCACCACCACCUCAACAACAACAACAACAACGAAAACCACAAUCUCUCAGUCAAGUACAAUAUCAACUGAUGAAAAUGAACUGCGUGCUUUAUUUGAUCAAACAAUUGAAUUUUGUUUAAUCCUAAUGGAAACACUUUAUACACGUCUGCUUAAAGUACAUGAGGUGAAUAGUAGUGAGACCGCUAGAGAUGAACAAGGCGAUACAAAGCGGCCAAUGAAUUCCAGCAUAGUCAAUUAUCCAAAUGCUAUCAGUAAUCCUUUAGCCUGUGGUGUUCUACAAGGUAGUAUGUUCAGUUCACAGUAUAGUGGCGACACAUUGAUUGGUACAUCAGUUAGUGGUUUACUUAGUCAUUCACCUCUACUGAAUACAUCUCAGUGCCUUGAUCAUAUUGGUAAUCCAAUAAUGAGUCAGUUGGUUUGGUUAGCUACUAAAGCUUGCGUGAAACUGCCCAAUAUUCUCCUAUACUUUGCAUCAUCUUUAAUGAAGGAUAAAAGUGUUAGCUUACCGUCUACUAGUGGGAAAUCAACAUUCCCUCCGCAUAAAUUAUCCUAUUUAUCUAGUGAAUCAGAAGUUCGAUGGUGUUCUGUAUUGUUUAAUUAUAAAGAAUUAUUAAAUCAUCCUAAUCUAUAUCAAUCUCAAUUCACUGCAAAAACUCAAUCCAGUCAUCAAGGUAACAAUAAUCCUGAUUCUGUGAAUACAGUGAAUUCUUCAAAUCAUUUAUUCCAAUUUAUAAAUUUAGAAGGAUUUCAGCAUACUUCAAAAAUAAUUAAUCCACUUGGACGAGAAUUACAGUCUCUACUUAUAACCAUAGUCGGACCUAAAAGUUAUCGUCAUUUACAAGAUGUUCAUCGUUUGGCAAAACUGCUACAACGAAUUCGUGAUAUUUGUGUUAAUACUGGUGGCUUAGUACUUCAUGUUGAUUGUGGUUCUUCUACACAGUUCACUGUUAGUGGACAGUUUCCAUCAUCACCAUCACCAUCGUCACAUACUUCUUUAAACAAUGUCAAUAAUAUGUCACCAAGCUCAAAAGUUCAUAUAAAUCCUCCUUCUAAAACAGUUAGUACUGAUGAUCGUGGAGUAAAUUCAAGUUUCGAUUGGUGUUCACAUGAUACAGAUGCAUUUGACAGGCAAUUACGGUUACCGUAUAUAGCACAGAGAGAAAUCUUGGAGAAUGUAUCAUCGUGUUUAGUUAUUGCAGUACGCAAUAGACCUUAUUGGCAAAGAUUAUGUCUACGUUCAUCUCGUACAUUGUUGUUCUUAGUACAUGCUAGUUUGGUUCUUGAUCGAAAAAUUGCUCGUAAUAUGCUCUAUUUAAUUCAACUGGCUAUUUGUCCAACCUCAGUGGAAUCUCGCAGUCAUGGUCAAACAAAACAUUUACAUGAUGGUUUUAGGCGUUCAGCGCAUUCAAUUCAACAGACAGAAAUGAAGCUAUCACGAAUCAUUGCACGAUAUUUAAUACUUUCAAGCAAUUCGCAUACUUCUACUUAUUCUGAAACCAGUUUAGAAGAAAAUAUUCCUAUCCAUUCAGAGAAUACAGAUUUAAGCAUUUCACCGUUGUUUGUUCAAUUUAUUCGAACAUUUUUAUGCCAAUGCCCUAAAAAGUCUAUACGAGAUUCUGCUGCGCAUAUAUUGUUUGCAAUUUUCAACUGUGUAUCCCGAGAAGCUCAAUCGCAUAUUCUCAGUUUAAUUUCACUUUUAUGGUCUGAGUUAUCAACAUAUGUGCCUUACUCAAAUCAAUUUGUUCAGUUAAGUAUUCACUUAUUGAAUUCAUAUCCUACAUGGUCUGGUCGAGCACAACUUAUUGAACAAGUUAUUUGGAUUUUAAUGCAACGUCUUGAAGCUUUAAAACGUCAUCCAAACCGUACACUUUAUACAGCACUUAUGCAUUUCACUCAUUCUCAAAAAGGACUUUUACCCGGUGUGUCGAUUCCGUGUGAUUCUUCUACAAAAAGUGGAUCUUCUGAUGAAAGUAUAGAUGACAUUACAUGCUUACAAUCCACUCAUAACGAUUCAUCAACUCGGACAUGGGCUUCUGUAGCAGCACAUAAACCUGGUAGUUCUCAUGCGCCUCCAACUGGUAAUAGUGGAGGUCCUAAUGAGACGACAGAUGCUGACCAGACUGGAUCUACAGACCUCAGUCGUAACCUUUCUGUCCUCCCUACACCAUUUUCUUUAUCUAGUUCAGCCUUCACUUUUGAACUGGAACCAUGUUUGUUAUGUCAUGCAAAAGUGAUAGAUGAGCCAUUUUACGUUGUAUUUCGUUGGGAUUCUGAACCAAAUGUUCCGAGACGUUCACUUCAAUCAGUCGUAUCUACUAUCUAUAACAGUCGAUUUACACAACAGUUUCGACAGUCACCAUCAAGAAUGUCAAUGGCCCAAAACUCUUUACGAGGUACACCUCAACAAUCUAAUCUAAGCACAAGUGGAGUUGAUAUUCAAUUCACUUCAAAUACAAGUCAUACGUCUACAACACCAAACGCUUCUGGCGUAAUUCAAACCACGUUGAAUACACCUAAACCGUCAACUACACCAGUCAAUACAACAGCCACCACAAGCGCUACAACAACAAAGACAACAACAAUUAAUACUACUGCUAAUGGUGGUGGUGGGGGUCGAAGUGUUGGUGGAUCUGCGACAUCAUCAAAUAACGCCUUUUCACUUAUCGUUCCAGUUCAAUUGAAAUCACGUGCCACUUCAUCAGUUCAUAUUUUUGAUCUUGAAAGUAGUUAUUUAAUUUCACAAAUCACUGUUAAGUUCACCGUUAUAUCGAAACGUCCACGAUAUGUUCGAACUUUGAAUGUGUAUACAUGUGAUUCAACUGAUCGUGCAUCAGCAAGAUUAAUUCAUGAACCACAAUUAUGGCAACCAGUUGCAUCUGUACGCUUUAAUCGUAAUCAAACAAUGGCUAGAAUAUGCUUUUCACAUCCAUCUCCUGUGCCUACAUGGUUGACUGCAAAUCAAGACUAUGCUACAGAUAAACGAAUUUCAAUGAAUUCAAAUUUUAUUAAUGAUUCACUCAAUUUAAAACAAAGUCCUGGCCUACCGAUUCGUGCAUCACGUUUAAUCUUUGAAUAUGCAGAUUUUCAUUCUACUGGUCAAGAGGAACGUCGUGUCUGUCCACGUUGUCAUGCCUCCGACUUACAGGGCAGUACAUGUAUGAUGUGUCGUAGUAAUGUGAAUGAAUGUUUCCGUUGUCGAUCAUUAAAUUUAAGCAAUGAAGAUGUAUAUUUAUGCGCAAAUUGUGGAACAUCAAGGCAUGGUAAAAUUGAAUUCAGUAUAACUGCCAGACCAUGCUACUCGGCUAUUGAACCUCUACAUGAUCGAGAUGAUCGUGAAUCUGCCUGUGGUCGUAUUGUAACACUAUCUCGAGAGUUAAGUAAAACCUCUCGAACACUUUCCCGUCUUAUACAAGUUGAUGUAAUGGAGUGCUUAUACAGGUUAUGUUCACUAGAUACUGGUACUCUUGAUCUCAUUUCAAUGCCAGAAUCUUUUGUUAGCAAAAAUUCAAAUAGAGCCUCGAGUAGUAGUAGUACUUCAGCAGGCGGUAAAGGUCAAGCAAACUCAAAAGAUUUAUCACAGUCUACUACACAGUCCAGUUCCAAUUAUACCAACUGUGUUAAUCCAGCAAUAAUACGUCUAAUUAAUACUGCGCUAAAAGCAAGAUGCUUAAGCUUGGAUGCAGCUAUAACAGCACGUCGUUUAUGGGCUGCACGUCAGUCUGUUGUCGAAUUCAAUUUAGAAGAACAACAUGAAUCUGUUGGUUGUUUCCACAAUGAAUCUCCGGGCAAUGAGAACAAACUUAUAAAUCCUGAAACUUCAAAUAUCAACUCUACUAAAACUCAAUUAAAUUAUACCGAGUUAGAUCAAAUGUUUUAUCCUUCUCUUGCUGGUUGUUAUUGGUGUCUGAUGAGUACUAUCUACCAGUGUAGUCAUUUUCUACGAUGUAUUUCCGAAUUCACUUCGUUAACUACACUGAGAAAUGUAAACAGAACGUGGAACAAUUCACACUGGUUAUUCGGUGUUACAUCUGAUGAUCAUACAUUCCGUCUGUUCAAUGCAUCAUCAUCUAAAAAUUCAUCAAAGACAGUUACUACUUCUGUGGAUAUUGUACAGAAUUUAAUUAGUGAUCUCAUUGAAUCUGGUUUAAAUAUUUAUCCUCAACAUUUACAACAAGAAUUACGUGUCCUGUUGAUAUACUUAACCAAGGAUUGUCUACCUUUGAUUUCUCAUCUUGGAGAUAUACUUAGCGAACGACUAAUUAAAACAGCUUAUACUCAUGGUGAUCAAGCCCAUCUGUUGGGACCUUUGUCAUACAAUGAUGUAUGCCUGUUACAAAGUAGUGUUGAAGCUAUCCUACCAAGAAAAUCACAUGGCCAAUUGCGCAGACAACCGAUAGAUCAUACUAUCGAGAAUUGGGAGGCAAGAAUUCGUCCUCUCUUCAAAAUUCUAUCAAAACUUUCCAAAAACAGCACUUCUGACUGGAAUCCCUCUGUUCCUGUCGUACAAAAUAUCCUGUUACCGCUUAUAGAAUCAUUGCAUGUAUUAGUUUCAUAUAAACCUAAUCCUUUUAGUUCAACACUUACAAGUCCAUCGAUUAUACGUACAAUCAGUCAGUCGACUGACAAUGCAAAUGAUGUUCAAACUGGAGCCAGCGGUGAAACUCACCAUCAUCAAUCAGUUGUUGUUGUUUCAAAUCAGCCUAAUUCAGCUAGCGGAAGUGUGAAUAUUCCACAUAUGCUACCUCAUCUACAUUCUAAACAAUUUUCACAUCUAACUGAUACAGAGUCGAUUGAUUUCCAUGCAUGGCUGUCGAAUCAACCCCAUGCUUCAUAUGUGGCUUGGAAAGAACAUAUGUCAAUAAAAAUGAAUUCUGUGUUCGCGUCAUCAUCUCAUCAGUGUGUACGCUCACCGUCUACUCAAACUGAUGAACAGAUAUCCCACUGGAAGGAUCUAGAUUUCAAACAAUCCUGUCUAGCUAUGCGUUUCGCAAGACACUGGAGAUGUAUUGUUGAAGAGAAACGGUGGGCAAGACGCUGGGGUGUAUUAACCACUAAGUCAUCUUCCAUAAAAGGCUGUUGUAUAUCGUCUGAUAGUUGGUUGACAAAAAUCCUCUUCUCACCACCAGAUUCCAAUGCACGCGGAGUAUAUGAUUGUAUGAAGCUACUGAAAGAAAUCACAACUAACUUUGUACCAAAACUGAUUUCAGAGUCGUGUAGUCAAUUGUCACUUAGUACAGAAUGUAUCAAUGCGUUGAAUAUUUUGUUCAAUAAACGUCGAUGUAUUGUACUACGAUUUCUCACUGAAAUUUGUAUUCCUCGAUUGGAUGAAUUGGCAUCAACACGUGAUGCAGCCUUAUUACUAACUGAUGGUGGUAGUGUGCCAACGACUUCAACUUCAUCAUCCACAACAGCAACGACAACAACCACCCAAACAGCAUCUUCAUCAUCAUCAAAGAAUGGUACAACACCUUCUGUUCCAACGGCUGGAGAUAUUUUUGUUACAGAAUUUUAUCACUUAGCUACAUCGUCCACAAUUUCAUCAGAACAGUCUUCUAAAGAAAGUCAGCAAAAACUUACGCAUGCAUCUGCUAAAACAGCAACAAGUGCUACUGGUCAGAAUACAACAAUUUCUAUUUCAAAAUCACCAUUUAUUCCUUAUUUAUUAAUUAAAGGGAACUUUUUAGGUUAUGUCAGAAUUUUAGUUCGAAAGCUGUUAUCACAAAUAACUUGUAUUGAAUCUGCACGUAUUCAACAUUGGAAUGAGUUGAUGGCUGCUACACUAAGCCCCAUAAGUGGUUCUGGUGCAUGUAAUGGAGGUGCUCCGGGUUACGCGAUAGCCUUAGUUGCUGAACUGCUGAACGUACUUAAACCACUUAAACAGUUGACAAGAUCACAACAAAAUCUGUUACUGCGUAUUCUGUUACCAGCAUGUGCUCAAUUAAGAUAUUUAAUAUUUCAACGCGCUGAUUGUACUGUUAAAGCACAGACUAUAUUCGAUUCUAUGCUAGCUGAAUUGACUGGUGUUUCCGGUGCACAAAUUAAAGAAUUUCUAUCCACUGUGUUAGAUGUCCUAGCUGAAUAUCCAAUUGAUGAUCAUCGAUCUGGAACUUAUUUGUUACAAAGAUUGUGUACUCCUGUCUGUCCAUUGCACACUGAUCAGUCUGUUUUCCAGAUUAAAUUAGAAGUAUGGCGUCCACAUGAAGAUUAUCUAUUGGCUAGAUCAAGAAUUGAAAUUUUACCUUCUGAUACACGAGGUUUAGGUCCACGUAUACACAAUCUCAUACAUUUCAUCUGUGAUGCUAACAAUUUGACCACAGAUAUGCGAUUGGAAAUUGUAUGUGAAGGACAGAUUUUAAUGCCUCAAUUACGUCUACACGAUGUGUACAACCAAAUAUGGUGUGCUAAUAAAAACAAUAUAAAUAAACCUAUGCGUUUACGAUAUCGUAUACCUGGCUUGGAAGCAGAUAAUCUUCCCUACGUUGAAAAUUUAUCCUCAGAACAAAUUCCACCAGAACAAUUUUCACAUAUAUCUGUGCUGGCUACACAUCCUCAUGGAUUAGGCGAUUUAUUAAAACGAUUGGCUAGUUCACGAAAUGCCAUCUACAAUCUUGAUUUAAUCGAUGUUAUAGACAUAAGAGCUGUACCUAGAUUGCUGUAUACGCUAAUUAUAUGCUUGCAAUCAAGACAACUGAAAUCGAUCACUAAUACUCAACAACAACAACAACCACAAUCUCAACAGUCGAUUGAUGUUCUCGAAGAUAUUACAAAACGUUUAAUUGCAGUAUUCAAAACAAUCCUUGAAUUAGUUGACGGAGAGUGGAAUUCUGCUGGUUCAUCUCAGUCAGAUCUGAAUUCAGUGAAAUUCCUGUUGAAUUUCAUCAAUACUCAACCAGCUUUACCAAAUAUCAGCUUAGAUGUAGCACGUCUACUCGGUUUAAUGACAUUUUCAAAUGAAAAGAUAAUGGAUGUGAUAAUUGACUUCUUGAAAGUAAAUUUAAAUCAAUUAAAACCAUCAGCUCAAUUCAGUCCAAGUGAAAUAGCUUUAUUAGAUUGUUGUUGUGCUUUAUUAUUUGCUAUACCAGAGCAUAGUCGUAAUGGUGUAUUAUUUAGACAGAGAGUGAAACAGAAUGCAAUGCUUUUACAGAUUAGUCUACAAUUCCUCUGGGCUACAUGUCCAUUAGCCUGUAUUACUGGUCAAACUGAAGAGUCAUCUACUCCAACGACAACGGCAACCACUGCUUCAAUAUUUAAUACAAGUGAUCCUGAAAUUGUUAAAUUUCUAUCUGAACCAUCAUUACCGUAUAUUUUACAAUUGAUGCAUGUCUCUGUGGAUGGUGAUCAGGUUGAAACUAUUCUAAAUCAACCUGAGGAUAAGGUUGAAACAGGCAAGACACGAAUUGAAGCCAGCCAGCUACUGCAUUUAUUCCAUCAAUUGGAAACGAGUAAAUCAUCUGGACGUGUUGGUCUAUUGGCUGAAGACAUGUUAAAUGAUUGGGUUAGUAAAGAAGAUAACAACCGUACAACUACUGUCCAGUCUACAGGAAAUCGUACAGUUGGUCAAGUUAUUCAUAAUCUACGCGAAGCAACAAUACGACGUGCUAGAUCAAUAGCACAAAAUAUGCGUCAAAAGCGUUUACGUAGUCUUAAUAUGCGUGUUAAUGAAAAAGGCCAAGUUGCUAUGGUGGAGACAGAUCGAUUGAAUAAAAUGACUGCUGUUGUUCAAGAAGAAACAGGUCUAUCCUGUGUUAUAUGCCAUGAAGGACAACGUAUUGCUCCGAAUGAACCAUUGGGUAUUUAUGUCUACGUUCGUCGAUGUACACUAGAAGAGAAUCUCUGUAUGACUGGUUGUGAUUCGCCCAGUGGUAAUAAUCCACCACAGAAUAUACCUGAUGGUUAUUCAACUUUGUCAAAUUUUGUUAUUGUACAUUUUUCAUGUCAUACAAAAUCAUUUAGAGCCUCAUCAGAAAAUGAAUGGGUAGUAGCUCAACGCCAUAAUUGGGAUGUUGGUUGUAAUAAUAUCCUGCCUAUACUAAAUCCACCAAUUAGUAUUAGUACAACUUCGAGUACUGAUAGUACAUCAGUGGACAAUAAAACUGCCUCGAAGUCUACACAACAACAAUCACCAGAUACAGUAUAUAGUGGCCAUUUAGCUAACUUUAUGGAAUUCAUUAUGCACAAACUUAAUAUUUGUCCUGGUUACGUAAUGGCUCUACAUGAUAUCAAACUGUUACUGUUGCGUUUUGCAUGUAACAAGACAUUCACUGUUGAAACUGGUGGCGGUGGAAAAGAAAGCAAUAUGCAGUUGUUGCCACAUUUAAUGCAAGUCUAUUUACACACAUUACUGAUGAGUUCCCAAGUUGAUCAAGAACUAGAAGCUUUGAAACAGUUUACUGAAGUGUCUGGAACUUAUUGGAUCAAAUCAGAUAAAUGUUGGAUUACAACAGGACCAUUGUAUCGUAUAGUCGCAGCCUUACACUUAUGGUCAUGUGAUGAAUGGUUAAAGAAUAGAGUAAUUCUAUUACAAAGUCUUUUGUAUAUGGCUGUGGGACGGUUAAGCAAUCCAACCAGUUCUAAUGAAGUCAGCGUCACAUCAGACAGUAGUAAUACUGACAGUCGAUUUACAAUGAUUAAACCGUAUUUAGUUUAUUUCGGUCUUAUUGAUUCAAUGUAUGAAUAUUUAUUCAAAAAUGUCCAGUUGACUGUUGUACCAGAGGUUAAAUCAAAGUCCAGUAGUAGUACGUCGACAUCACAGACACCGUCAUGGGCAGCUUCUUUAUCACACUAUAUUCGAACAUCAGAUGAAGCUUUAAUGAUUGCAGCUCCAAAGUUACUCGCCUAUUUCGAAGAGAAUCUAUUGACAAUUGCAAGUAUAGAAGAAUUUCUAGAUGUUAUGGGUUUAUUGGGAAGUGUCACAACUGAAGAAUUGGAGAACAUAAUUAACAACGCUUCGAUUAAUCAAUGA